AGUUCUUAAAAGUUCAUAAAGAAGUUAAAAAGUGAAAUUGAAAUUUCUUAUUAAUUAUUUUAAUUAAUAAGAACUUUAGAAAAAAAUAAAAUAAAAUUAUAUAAAAAGGAUAUUACAAUAAAAUAAUUAAAAAUAAAAUAAUGGGAGGCUGUUGUUCAAAAGAUUUAGAUUCCAAAACAUCCUGGAGUCCAUCGGAAACUAAAAAUGGGAGCACUACAUCGACAAUAGUUGCACAACCCAUUGAUGAUGAUAACCGCACAGGAACAUUUACUAGAACUACUAUAACUACAUCAACAACAUCUGCGACAUAUGAAUCUUAAUAAGGGAACAUUAUACCCACAUACUGUAUUAUAGUAUUAAUUAAAUAUCAAAUAUGUAACUUUAUAUAAGAUAAAUUGUAACUUCUUAAGCAUUUAGUCUCAUUUAUAUAAAGCAUAUUUUAUUAAAAGAAUAAUUAAAGUAUAAAAUGAAAAAAGAUAAAUAAUGGAAUAUAUUCAUUAUAUAUGAUGGAUAUGAUAUAUGCAUAAAAAAACAAUAUAAUUAUUAAAAUAUAUAUGGAAAAUUAUAUCUAUAAGUAUAUUUAUCCGAAUUUUAAAUUGAAUUUAUGAAAUAAAACAAUUUAAAAUAAAAUAAAAACAUUUUUAAUAUUUAACGAAAACCAUUUAGAUUCCAUAAUGAUAUAGAAAAAAGUCUUCAAUAUAAACUAUUGUAAAAUUGAGACGAGAUUUGUAAAUGGUAUUAAGUUGGUUAAAUAAAAUAUUUGAAGUAUAUAUAAAGCUGUACUGAAUUAAA